AGGUAUUGGUAAGUCGCUCAAGCAGCAAUGAGUUUAAACCAUUGCUGGGUAUGACAUCCUUCAUGACCUCCUUGGAGGCUAGGAAUCAUCAGAAUAUUAAUCAAGUGAGAAUGUUCACUAGUAAUAAUUUCUCACAACCAGAAGGCAGUGAGAAGUGGGAUAGAGUUAAGAUUGUUUGUAUUCAACAAUACAACAAACAUGUACAAUAUGGGCUAUCCUUUGUUACAAUGCAUUGUAAUGAAGGAAGUGGACUUGCUGGGAAAAGGAAUGUGAACAAGUUUACUCUGCGGGCUGACUCUCCUACUUCUUUUAGUGUAGGAACUUUGUUUUCUAAAGAACGGGAAAAUUUGAAAUUGGAUGUCAUUCCAUCAACAUCAUUAAAAGGUGCAGCUGCAAUUAGAGAGGCAUCUACAAAACCAUCUCAUUCGCCACAUAGAUUUCCAAUCGUCAAACGACCACCAACUGCCAGUCCGCAACCGUCAACAUCCAAGGACGAUUCGAACGACAGUGAAGAAUCAAAAGAUAAAAAUCGCAAUCGGAAAAAUUUGCUUUAUGAUGAUGAAGACGAAGCACCCAAUGAUAAAAUUGAUCGCCUCAUAGAAAUAAAGCAAAAAGAAGAUGCCGAAAAGCAGAAAUUAAAAGAAAAAGCAGAUAGUAAGAAGGCGACACCAAAUAAAACACCUAAGAAUACAAAUGGUAAAACUGGAAAUAGUAACCAAGUCAGAAAAAGAAAAACAGAUACCCAACCAAGUGUGCUUGAUCCUGACAGCUCGAAAAGCCCUAAAAAUCGGCGAACUGUGGAUGUUUUAAAGGAUGUUAAUACCACGCCACCCAAUGCUGGACCAUCCUCACCUACCACUUCAAAACAAAAGCGACGAUCAUCAGAAAUAGAUGAGAGUAACGAAAGUCCACGCAAAAAAAUGAAGGGAGCAAAUGGCGAGGAAAGGAAACACCAAACUAAACGUUAUGAAAAUUUGCUAGAAGGUGUUGUGUUUGUUAUCAGCGGUAUUCAAAAUCCGGAGAGGGCUCAACUACGAACGAGCGCAAUGGCUUUGGGUGCAAAAUACAAAGCUGAUUGGGAUAGAACAUGUACGCAUUUAAUUUGUGCGUUUGCAAACACACCAAAAUUCAAUCAAGUACGUGGCAAAGGUAAGAUAGUAAAGAAGCAAUGGAUAAUUGAAUGUGAAAAACAAAGGAAGCGACUCCCAUGGAGGCGAUUUUGUCUGGAUCGCAGAGAUAACACCGGAAACGAAAGCGAAGAUGAGAUUUGGGAGGAAGUUGAGUUAUCUGAUAGGUAAAUUAAAAAAACAAGGAUAUACUGCAGAUCGGGAUACUGAUGAGGAAAUCGAGCGAAUUCAUCGUAUAAUGCAAGGACAAGAAGAUAAGAAACUAAUGGGGGACGUGAAUGGCAACAAAGAUACAAAACUAGAGGAGUUACCAGCAUUGCCAAACUACUUCUCUGGGCUUAAGUUUUAUUUAAGUGAGAAUUUGGGUUCUUUAAGAAGGGAUCUUACGAGAUAUAUUGUUGGAUAUGACGG